UCUCUUUAAGGAACUUGAAUGACGAAGCGGGUAGGAGUGACCCGGAAAUGUCUUGCCGCUGGUUUCAUCACAUAUGGAGACCAUGCGCGCAGGUAGCGAGUAAAAGCUCGCGUCUUUUCAUGCAGGCGCUGCGGUGUUUGUGUACCUCCGCCAUAUCCAUCGCCGUUUGCAGUUCCGCGACGAGGACGCUGCCGGAGAGCAUGUGCAAAGAGCUGAAGACCCGCGUGCUGCGCCUCGCGCCGCACACUGCGAACGGGCCCUCGCUGCCGCGCGGGGACGGACAGCAGGAUUGGAGAGACGUCCUUGAGACCACUGUUAAUUCUCUUAAAGAGGGGCAAGUUGUGGCCGUGCCAACAGACACCAUAUAUGGCUUGGCCUGCCUGGCUCAGAAUUCGGAUGCCGUCAAAAGGGUGUAUGACAUCAAAGGACGAAACGGCCAGAAACCAUUAGCCAUCUGCGUGGGAGAAAUAGAUGACAUUUACAAGUACUGCAAGGUGACCGUUCCGCAGCCUCUCCUCACGGACCUGCUGCCGGGCCCGGUGACGCUGGUGCUGGAGCGGUCUGAUGCUCUGAACCCUGAGCUCAACCCCUUCACUCCGCUGGUUGGGGUGCGGAUUCCGGACCACUCCUUCAUAAGGCGUCUCUCCCAGAUGUGUGGCGAGCCUCUCGCCCUCACCAGCGCCAACGUCAGCUCUCACUCGAGCACCAUCGCAGUGCGCGAAUUCCAGGAUCUGUGGCCGAAGCUGGCCGUGGUGGUGGACGGGGGUCCGAUCGGGGACCAGAGUCCGGAAUGUCGGCUGGGAUCCACUGUGAUCGACCUCUCUGCGUCGGGACGAUACCAGGUCAUACGCCCAGGAUGUGCUCUGUGUGCGACCGUUGACAUUCUCGAGCAGAAGUACAAGCUGUCACAGGCGCCGGCUGAUCACUGACGAUUGUCAACACUCUCUCUCGCACCGAAACGCACAACUGCCUUUACCCGAGCCGUCCUGGUUCUCAGCGGGAACAAAUCAAUGUAGAACCUGUCUCCUCUGGAGUGAGCAGAGGCCGCACUGUCACCCAGAGAAAGCCAGGCGCAGCUCGGUCAAAGAGCAUUUAUGACUUUUUAUUUUUUUUUUUCCCCCUUUUCUUUUUAUAUAGUCUGUGGGUUUGAGGUUCAUUAAGUUAUGGGCUGGCUCUGUCGUGGUGGAAUCAUUGCAGGCAUUCUAGAGCUGAUGGGAGGGGAGGGGAGAAGUAAAAUUAAUUUCCUGCGAAGCGGAAAGUGACACUUCAGUCCUGGAACGGAAGCGUUGCGGGUCUCGCGCUGUUCUUGCGAUCGCAAGGAUGCGCGCCAAGUACAGGAUGCAACAGCUGCAAGCUUCUGAGGGGAAUUUUUUUUUUUUUUUUUUUCUUGACAGCCCAGAG